AUGACUUAUUUUGUGUCUUUAUUAUUAAUAGCCUUAAUUAUAGGAUUGAUUGCUGUUGCGUCCAAUCCUACGCCCUACUUUGCUGCCUUGGGGCUAAUAGUAGCGGCCGGGGUUGGAUGUGGGGUAUUGAUCGGUAGUGGAGGGCCUUUUUUGUCUCUAGUCCUUUUUUUAAUUUAUUUAGGAGGAAUGCUCGUGGUAUUUGCUUAUUCGGCAGCGUUGGCUGCUGAGCCUUUCCCAGAGGCCUGGGGGAGUCGUUCGGUAGUGGGAUAUGUUCUGGUUUAUUUACUGGGGGUGGUACUAAUAGGUGGACUAUUUUGAGGGGGAUGGCAUGAGGGUUCUUGAGCAGCAAUUGAUGAGUUAAAAGAGUUUUCUGUACUACGAGGGGAUGUUGGGGGUGUAGCUAUAAUAUACUCUUUUGGGGGAAUAAUACUAGUCAUUUGUGCUUGAGUGUUGCUUCUAACUCUACUUGUAGUACUAGAAUUGACUCGGGGGUUAAGUCGUGGGACUUUACGAGCAGUUUAA